AUGGCGCUGAGAGGAUGCCUGGGCUUUUCAAUUGUUGUCAACGUCUUGUCUCUGAUUACUGGAUGGCUGGCCCUUUUUCUGUACUUCAACGUCGGACUGAAGACAGUCUAUCUCCACUCGGGCCAGGAACUCUGCCGGCUGCCACCAAUUACUGAGAGGAGAGGCAAGAUCUACUGGUGGAUCUUUGGUCCCGUAUCCUGGAUUAUCGCCUUCGUUGUGGCCACGUCGAUUCCCCAGUUCUCGGCCUUCACUAACUUUGUCGGUGGUUUGUUCGGCUUGAACUUCACGUACAGUCUGUCAGGCAUAAUGUACCUUGGAAUGCAGGUGCAGAAACACGCAGCGCAGCCGGGCGAGGGUUUCGAUCCUGCUACUGGUCAGACGACUCGUCUCGACAACGGUUUCAAGCGCUACGCGCGCGGUUUCCUGAAGGGCUGGAAGUUCACUGUGCGGGCGUUGAUCUACUCUUGCGCUGGUCUCGCAGCAUCUGGAAUGGGAACCUGGGCUGCUAUCCUUGGACUUAAGGCGGCAUUUGGUCCAGGAGGUACACUGUUGACGUCGUGGACGUGCACAAAUCCCUUCUACAACGGGCCCGGUUCUAAUGGCCUCAGUGGUUCUGGCACUGGUGCUUCGUAG